ACCCGGCAUGCCUGAGGUCACUCCUGAGCGUACCGGUCAGGGUCAGAGGUCACCGGAAGCAGGUUAUCUGCUCGCUGGGUUAACCCGCGCGCUCAGCGAUCUGGAGCUCAGCAAUCACAAACAAAAAGUAGGAAGAAAGCGUGAAAUAAAGAUGCAAAUAGCAUAAAUGUAAACAUGUCAGUGAUGGACGCGGAGGCUGCUCCAGCUCGCUGUGCCGGUGCUUGGACCGGGCUCUGUUUCUCUUUAUGAAACGGUGAUAUUAGGAUGCGAGGAGGUUAAAUAGUCCCUCUGCUCUCAGACAGGAAACAAGACAAACAGGAUUCAGACGCAGGAUCAGAUAUGAAUGUUUGUGACAGCUACAAGGUCCCGAGUCCCACAUUCACCCCACUCGGGGCGUGUGUGGGACGCAGCUUCAAUGAAACAAACGCUUCACAUAUUAAAACAAAGGGGGCGGCGCCUCCUGGUGGCAGCCGCAGGUACUGCAGCGAGGUCCGAUUUACUUCAUUUUUCUUCGAUUCAGCAGAAGAAGAAGAAAUGAGUCAAACAUAAAACACAGAGACGUCCUCUGGUCUGAAGUUCGGUAACAUCCGACCAAACAAACAGCCGAAGGAGGUAAAAGCUAAACAGAAUGAAUACAAUAAGAAAAUCAAGCAGAUAAUUAAAUAUCAUGUCAUAAUAUUUAAUAAAGUAAAAUGUGAAGGAGAGAGCGAAGUGCACAACAAUUUAAAACAAUAUACGAGCAACACAAUGAACAAUAUACCACAAUAUCAAAACAAUCUAAAUCCUUAUAUGCAGACAUACAGGUUACACAGCGCGCUGCAGGAUGCUGGAAAUGAACCGAGCUGACUUUCAAAACACGAAGAAAGAAUUUAGUUCUUUUUUCUUUUUAAUUCAAGCGACCAAUGUGGAGGCUUGGGUGACGUAGCGAGCUGCAGCGACCAAUCAGAACUCUCCGUGUAGAAACUUUGUUUGAAGUUUCUCCGGUCUCCGGCUUGUUUAGUGCGCAUGUGCUCUUUGAGCGCAUCAAACUUUGUGCGCAUGCGUUCGUUAAACAAAAGUAGAGUGAGAUUAGAGCGUGAGUGUUUUAACGUGAGUUCCUGAGCGGACCGGAGCACCGGACCAUCUUCUCUCCGUUUCUUCGGUUUGUGUUCAGCGAAGAAGAAUCAAACAGGCUCGUUUGUUUCCUCCUUCAUUGAUCUGCAGAGCCGGAAGUUGUCUACAGUUUGCGGACAGUGACGGACUGAAGGAAAGACACCACGUGGAGUUGCAGAGAUGCCCGCCCGGAUGGACGACGUCAUGCGUUUGUGCUGUGAAGUGUCGGCUCACGAGGAGAUCAAGGUCGCCGUGAAGAACUCCACCAAAGGGGCGAUGGUGGCGGGAGGAUCUGCGUUUGUGGGUGGGCUGCUCGGCGGACCUCCGGGGAUCGCUGUUGGCGGCGCCGUCGGCGGUCUCCUGGGCAGCUGGCUGACCAGCGGGCAGUUCAGACCUCUGCCUCAGAUCCUGAUGGAGCUGCCUCCCCCGCAGCAGAGGCAGCUCUACGAGUCCAUCACGGCCGUCUUGGGGAACCUGGACUGGACGGACGCGGCCCAGCUCGUCUCGCUCGUGAUGGGGAACUCCACCCUCCAGCAGCAGGUCGCCGCUGCCUUAAUUAGCUACGUCACCAAUGAGCUGAGAGCGGAGGUGCGCUACAAGGACUGAGGGAUGGUUCCACGUGGACCUGACCUUUGAACUGAAUCACGGAUGUCUCGCAGCUCACACAGACGAAGUUCUCAGUAAUGUUUGUGCAGCACUGAUGUCUUUGUUACUUUGGCUUUUUUAAUCCCUGAAUGGGACCAGCGUGUAAUUUAAUCUGGAUUAGAAAAUCUGCUCCUUCGCACACUCUGCAUCAGGGUCUUUUUAGAGUGCUCCUGCUCUCAGAUUUCAAGCUUUUCAUUCAAUAUUUGUUCAGCAGCUUUGAUGACUGACGGCUCAGCGACGACAUCAGCUGGUACGCUGUAAAAUGAUUACUCCCCCCGAAGGCCGAGGGCUGGUACUACACCUCUGAUGUUUUUUAUCAUGUUUUUACUGCAGCGUGUUAUGACAUCAUUGUGACACUGCAGGACGUUGCAUUGGACAAAUAAAAACUGUUGUACAGCU